AUGUCCUCACAUGCUCCAACGUGUAUCGGAAAAGACGCUCGGUUGACUAAAUACACCCAGUUUUUCGUCCUCAAAGCAGACCCUUCUUUUUCGAUCUGUGCGCCGUGCUACCGCAACCAUGUUUCCCCUGGUAGAUCUCUGGUCUAUGAAUUUGAACUCUACCGCUCCACCGAUCCAAGUGAAGAAUCCGCGUGUAAUUUUGCUUACCCUGCACCUUUAGCCAUCUUCCACCGUCAAUGUACUCCAAUGGGUACAGUGCAGCCGCUACUGGAUUUUGUUCCAAAUACGUCGCUGGAAGCAGAAUUCGUGCCGGCCCGACUAGCGCCUGAUCAGAUCGGGAAAGUGACUUGUGAUCUGGCACAUGAUUAUUCGAAGCUGGCAAUGGAAGUCGCAGUGCGACGAGGCAAUGAAGGGAUCUGGCGAGAGUGCAUGAAAACGACUGCCAAUGUGGGGGUAUGUCCUGGUCCCAAAGGCAUUGACGAAAGAGAGAUGAGAGCCAUGCCUGGCUGGUACCAUGUGUCAGGCUUUGAGAAUGUGCAGGUCUGUGUCAGCUGCUAUUGGCUGAAAGUGCAGUUGUAUGGAGGAGGUCAUCUUUUUAAACCUCUGACACGGCCUUUAGUCCCUGGUGUGAUACGAAAAUGCAGUCUAUCUGAAUGUAAUGCCGCGGGUGUCUGUUCCAUAGAUACCGGCAAUGACUCCAGCGGCACCCUAUCAUGGCGAGCACGCAGGCUAUUUAAUGCUCUGAGAGCAGGCUAUGAGACUAAUCAAUGGGCGUCUGUCCUCGAGGUGGCACGACAAAUAGUCCAAGAGCCCCCACCCUGUGAGGGACAAUCCCGAGCCUUUACAAGGGCUAGCGGGAGGAAAUGGUUCGGCUGCCAGGGCAGUAGUGGCAGUUCAAAUGAUUGUACCAUCAUUGUCUGUGAAGAUUGUCACUGGCGCCUGGUCCGUGGCCGACCACACGCGGCUUUAUUCAGUUAUGAUCUAACAGAAGCGGCGUAUAUAACAGGGGGCAGCUCCGGGUUCAAAUGCCAGACGUAUACCCACAGGACACAACAAAGGCUCCAAGCGGCUGCUGAGACAGGAGACUUCCAGAGCUUUGCCUGCUGGUGGAAUAAACGGGACGAACUUCGCAAGAAACGUGACGCAUGGAUUCCACUCAUUCAGGCAGAGCAGAUGAAGCAAUCGGCAGCCGACUCCCAGCGGAUACAACAAGCGCGCCUAAGGAUGAAUGCACAAAGAAAUGCUCCGAGUCGUAUAGGGGCUACUGGUUUGGUAGAUUUGGCCAUGGGUGAGCCUGGUGUACGUUGGAGAAGCUCAUCAGGUCGGACAGAAGCCCAACAGAGUUGGCAGGAUGCCAGGAACAUCCCAAUACAAGUUGGGGGAGCACAGUCAUGGGAGUUGCAGCGGUUGUACAGGCUGGCAAAGGCAGAUGAGGACGCGUUCUUGUUGAUGGAGUAA